GUGAUAAUCAUUAUUGUAGUUAAUGAGGAGUUCUACUGAUGAGUGUGUAUUGGUUGAAUUGUCUUAGAUAAUUAUAUUGAUCUGCCAUCCACGUGGAGAUUGUCCCGCCUUCUACAGAAAACAACUUGAUUCCGUUGAAAGUUCGGAGAGGUGUGAAAGUUAGAAGAAUUUCUCAAAUGAGAGUUACGCCAAAUAUUUAGUUAUACGAGGGCUUAUAAACAAAUAAAAAUUCCAAGAUGAUGGUUGUCUGAAAAUGGAAAUUUUUAUUCUAAAUGUUGGAAACGAAAUUCAAAAUUUAAAUAUUUGCUUUUGACUUUUAUUAACUGGUAUAUGCAUUAUGAUACACAAUAUGGCUGGCGAAAUAGACAUUGAAAAUACAACGAAUACAUAUUUGACUGAAUUACAGGCAACAACUACAAAUACAAAUUCUUUUAAAACUUUAGAGUUUACUUUUUGGAAUCGAACCAAAACGAAUUUUCUUAACGGCUCGUCGAAUGGUUCCAAUCAUGAAAUAAGUUUAUCGGACGAGUCGUUGGCUGGACUUAUCGUACUUUAUACUUUAACAACAUUAUUUUCUGUGACCGGAAAUAUCUUUGCCGUCCUUGUUUUUACAAAGGGACGCCAUUCUAGGACGGAUUUGAGACACUUUCUGGUCAAUUUAGCUGUAGCAGAUUUAGUAAUGGCAAUGUUUUGUAUGCCAUUUACCUUUGCUGAUGUCAUUUUAAACGAAUGGAUAUUUUCCAAACCAAUGUGCCCUAUUGUUUUGUUCGUACAGCUUCUAGCAGUGACAGCAAGUGUUUUAACAAACAUGGCUAUAGGAAUAGAUCGUUUUUUAGCCGUAACAUUUCCUCUUCACCUGCGUGUGACAUUUUCGAGGAAAAAAUACGUCAUCAGCGUCAUUUGGAUAUGUGCAUUUUCCUUAGCUUCAGUUCAGUUCUUUGAAGGACGUGCGGUGGACGUUGGUGGUGGGAACCUGAAAUGUAUAGAGACUUGGGAGAGUGCAGAGUCUCGUCGUAUAUAUACAAUUUUUAUAUUACUUUUUACGUAUAUUAUCCCAUUAUUGAUAUUAGCUAUAACGUAUACUAUUGUUGGGAUUAUUUUAUGGAAGAGAACGGCGCCAGGAAACGAAGACUAUGCUAGAGACAGACAACGGCUGAAAUCCAAAAUAAAGAUCGUAAAGAUGCUAGUUAUAGUAGUUGCAGUCUUUGGAUUGUGUUGGCUUCCUAUUCAUGUAUUUACAAUGAUCUUGGACUUCAAGCCUGAAAUACUUCAUUACGAAACGAUGGAAGACGCCAUGACUUUAAUGACUAUUUAUCUCUGUGUUCAUUGGCUAGCAAUGUCCAAUAGUUUUGCAAAUCCAUUAAUAUAUGGAUUUACGAAUGCAAAUUUUAGAGCCGACUUAGCAACUUUGAUGUUCCUAUGGUUUCCAUGUUGUGGAUGUCUAAGAAGAGUCAUUCCGAAAAGACAAUACAGCUCAAGUACACGUGAUAGUGUCAUAAUGAGGCGACAAAGUACUUUUAAAUCGAGCCGAGUAGGAAAUGGUUUCCAUUCCGUUAAGAACGACGUCAGUCUUGUGACUACUCCUGGGUCUUCUAAACAUACUGCAUUGCGACAGAUAAGUAAAGACAGUACAUUGUCGGAUUGUAGUGCAUGGUAACAUCGAUGUAAAUCAUCCUACCCGUUUUAAUUUAGAGAUACAUUUCAUUGUUGGGACCAGACCGAUUGGAUAGAAUUAGAAUUUAGACAUAUGUCAAUGAAGAAAGAACAUGCUCAUACUGUCGUUUUUGUGAUGUUUUUAUAACAGAUAAUGGAUACCAAAGAUCAUUCCUGUUUCGUUGUUGUUAUAUUUCAAUUAUUUAAUAUAUGUAAUCACAUUUUUGUUUGACUUCAUUUUCAAUCCAACUAUAAGCCUAUGUAAAUUUAAUAUAUAGCUUGAAUAAUUUAUGGAGUUAUUUUUCUUUUCCCAAAUGUUCAUGUUGUGCAAAUGCAUUAGUGGGUAUAUCUGCAUUUCUCAAUUAAAGAUCCCCUUAGACACAAUAACAUGUUGAUUAACGUUACAAUUACUAGUUGUCUAAUAAAAAAAAUACAAUUUAAGGAAAUUUAUCGAACAAUACUGAGUAAGAUCAUUCCGAAGUUAAAAUCUCAUUUAAUCUAUUAAGAAGAUACACAUUAAAGUAAAAAAAAACCAAAAAAAAAACAAAAAAAAAAA